AUGGGAUACGCAUUUAAACCAUUCGGUAGCCUACAACAGAUGCAAAACAAGCUGGUUUGCAUCGAACACAAUGAGUGUGGUGCGUGCUUGUCUGCAGCAGCGCACUGCCGAUGGUGUGCCGACAUCAACUAUAAUUCUGGAGCACCAAGAUGCAAUGAUGACGAGAGUCUGGUGAACACCGGCUGCAGUCAGGGUUUAAUACAGCGGCCUGAGAAGUCAGUAUGGGAGGUUGUAGAGAACAGUUCGCUGCAGGACAUGACACCCAACAGCAAAGAAAAUGUAGUACAAAUACAACCACAGAAGAUUCAUUUGUCUUUGAAACCACGGGAGACGAAAAAGAUUCAGUUUUCUUAUAGACCUGCCAAAAAUUACCCUCUAGAUUUAUAUUAUUUGAUGGAUCUCACUUGGUCUAUGAAGGAUGACAAGGAAACGCUGGUGUCUCUAAGGGAUGAUCUACCGGCCUUAUUGAAGAAUCUUACUGAUAAUUUUAGGUUAGGUUUCGGUAGUUUUGCUGAGAAGCCUCUUAUGCCGUUCAUAAGUACGGACGCAAGGAGACGAGCAAAUCCCUGCUCCAUGGAAGAAGAAGCUUGCGAAGCUACUUACAGCUAUAAACAUCACCUGUCUUUAACUAAUCAGGUAAACGAGUUUAUAGAACACGUAAACAGUAGUUCAGUUACUGCAAAUUUGGAUAACGCUGAAGCCCAACUGGAUGCACUAGUCCAAGUGAUAGCGUGUGGGGAUAAGAUCGGAUGGGCUGAACAUAGCAGAAAAAUUAUCAUACUGCUUUCCGAUGGACUCAUGCACACAGCUGGAGAUGGGAAACUUGAUUCAUCUGAUAAUGAAGACAAAUCCGUUAAAGGUGGCGCGACUAAGAAGAAUGAUGAUCAAUGUCAUUUGGACGACAAAGGGUACUAUUCUGAUGCGGCUACAUAUGACUAUCCCUCUAUAGCGCAGUUGUAUAGACUUUUGGAGAAGUACAAGGUUAACGUAAUUUUCGCUGUGACGGAAAGCGUUAAGGAUCACUACGAUAGCUUAAAUCAACUGCUAGAAGACUUUACUUACGUAGCUAAGCUAGAAAGUGACAGUUCAAAUAUUCUGAAACUAGUUAAAACUGGUUACGAAGACAUUGUAAGUGUAGUGGACUUCCACGAUGAUUCCAAUCUGGGCCCAGUGAAAAUUAGGUACUUUACGGAUUGCGGUGUGGAAGGAGGUCCUUUGAAAGAGGAAACAAGAUGCACUGGAGUGGAAUUUGGAAUGACGCUACGUUAUGAGGCUCACGUCACUUUGGAGUCUUGUCCUGAAUAUAAAUCUUCUACGCAAAGAAUUCGCAUCUCAGAAUCCCAGCUAGGACAGGAUGCUCUGACCUUGGAGGUGGACAUUCAGUGCGGAUGUGCAUGCAGUGAAGCUGUACAAGAGAACAUGUCGCCAAUGUGUCCAGUUAAUGCUCACUUCGUUUGUGGAGUAUGCCAAUGCAACAAAGGAUGGUAA